AAUAGCUCUGUGGAGAAAGGAGACUUACUCACACGAGCACGGAAACUCCUGUCAGUGCCACUUCCGCCCAUACUAAACAUGGCGGCUUCCUUGAUGGAGCUACUAGCUGAUUAUUUAGGGUCGCCCGAACCGGCUGUUCGACUUGUUCUCUCAGUUUUAAUAGGUUAUCCUCUUGCGCUGGUGUACCGGCGGUUCCUGUUCCAUCAGUCUCCUUCAGUCCUUCAUCUCUUCCAUGCUCUUUCAGGCCUCUGUCUGGCUGUCUUCAACUUUGGGUCUCAGGUCUGUCACUCUGCGAUAUGCAUAGUCAUUCAGUUCCUGUUGCUGAGGCUCAUGGGAAGGACGGUCACUGCUGUUCUGAGCAGCUUUGUCUUUCAGAUGGCAUAUUUAUUAAUUGGUUAUUACUACACCGCUACAGAAGAGUAUGAUAUCAAGUGGACGAUGCCUCACUGUGUCCUCACUCUUAAACUAAUCGGUUUGUCAUUGGAUUACUAUGAUGGUGGAAAGGAUCCAUCUAAAUUAAGCGCGGAGCAGAAGACCUCUGCUCUACCAACCACCCCGUCUUUCUUGGAGGUUUGUGGUUUCUCCUACUUCUAUGGAGGCUUUUUAGUGGGACCUCAGUUCACGCUGCGCAACUACAUAUGCCUGGUUUCCAGAGAAAUGACAGACAGUCCCGGCCAGCUACCCAACAGUGUGAUCCCUGCCUUCCAGCGUUUCUUUUUGGGUUUGAUCUGCCUUGGUAUCUUCACGAUAUUUGGUCCAUACUACCCAGACAGCUAUUACCUUACAGAUGAAUUUGAGGCUCAGCCUUUUUGGUACAGGUGUGUGUAUAUUCUUCUGUGGGCUAAAGUAAAUCUGUACAAAUAUGUCAGCUGCUGGCUAAUAACGGAGGGUGUGUGCAUCCUUACUGGGCUUGGCUACAAUGGCUCAGAUGAGAAUGGCAAACCCAAAUGGGAUGCCUGUGCUAAUAUGAGGGUCUGGAUAUAUGAAACCACACCACUCUUCACAGGCACCAUCAACUCCUUCAACAUCAACACCAAUGCAUGGGUGGCCAGACACAUUUUCAAGAGGCUGAAGUUUCUUGGGAAUAAGUUGGCAUCACAGAUGGCCACGCUGCUGUUCCUGGCGAUCUGGCAUGGUCUGCACUCCGGCUACCUGGUCUGCUUCUCUAUGGAGUUCAUCAUUGUCAACGUGGAAAAACAAACACAGGCACUAAUAAAGGACAGUCCGACACUGACGAACAUCAUCCACAGCCGCCUGUAUCCACUCCUAUACGUUGUACAACAGUUCAUCCACUGGCUCUUCAUGGGCUACCCAUUAGUACCAUUCUGUCUCUUCACUUAUGAUAAGUGGCUCAAGGUUUAUUCAUCAGUGUAUUUCUGUGGUCACAUCUUUUUCUUCAUUGCCUACCUGAUUCUACCGUUCCUUCGUAAAGCACUGGUGCCUCAGAAAGCAAAAACUGACAAGAAGGAAAAUUAAAAAAACAACUGGGCGUCAUUGUCUGGAUCUCCAAACACUGACUGAAGGGAACUGUGACAUACUGGAACAUUUUAGGCAUUUAAUAAUAUAUAUUAUAAAUAUAUAUACACAUACAUAUUCAAAUAUCUUCAUUUGUUAUGUAUGUGUUGUGAUUUGAGUCGGCAUUAUUUUGGGGCUGUUUGGGAGAAUAUUAAGGUGAUGCAGCAGAGUGACGUUCUGGUUCAUUAAGAGCUGUUAUGUUUUAUGAAAUGAGACGUGAGUGAAAGUCGAACGAUUAUCCGUAAUAAAUCGUACGGAGUAUCGCAGCAGUAUUGCACUCGUGACUCUGGUUUUGAGCCAUCUCAGUGUCAGGUUCAUGCAAAAACAAGCAUCUGAGCCGAGAGCCCAGAGUGCUGCCUUGAAUUUCUGUGCAUUUUCAGGUGUCCAGUCAAAUGAGUUUUCUUUCCUGAGCCGCAACCACUGGUACCAUUUAUACACUAAACACUGUCCUGUAAAUCUCAUGCAAACACUCACCACAUGAUGUGCAGUCCAACUCUGAUACGUCUUGCCUUGUAAAUGAGUUUUUUUUUCCGUUGUUGUUGAUUUGACACAGAUUUUCAGGAUAUUUUUAGCGAUUUUAAAAUGAAUGAUUUUUGUAAUUUUGUAGCUUUUUUUCCAGUCUACAGCAAAGAAUGUGCUGUCUGUGUAUGACUUUUACACUUACACUCGGUUCAACUAAAACGGAAGCAAAAAAGCAUUCCCAAUGCCAGAAAUUCUAUCCAUUAAUCACACUUUUUGCCAAAAGGAUCAUUUUUGUAUUACAGUAAACAUUGGUUACUUGGCACUGUGUGGACCAAGCAACAGUGAGGAAGCUUUUUCCUGCCUUCAGCACUGAUGCCAGGGGAAGAAGCGGUGACUCACUGCAGCUUUGGGACGAUGUUAAUAAUAUUUAUACGUGUUCGACCUUUCACUGAUGUUUGGUAAACUAAUUCUGCCUUAUUGCUACCAAAUGUACGAAGGAAAAAAAAUCAGUUUCAAUGAUUUUGUAAUGUACAUUAAAAUGCUGGAUUUGAUCUAAA